GAGGAGACGCCGGGGAAGAAGGUGAAGCAGCAGGUGAAGGCGAAGCGCCGCGGUAAGGCCGAGGCCGAGCAGGCGCAGCCCGAGGAGAACGGGCUGGGGGAUGACGACUUCGAGCCUCCCGUGCCCAAGAAGACGAAAAAAGUUCAGGAGAAGAAGAACGGCUUGGUAGGAGAGAGCGACGCGUCCCAGCAGGCGGUGAAAUCUGCCGCCGCUGUGAGCGGCAGCGUGACAUCCCCGGCCGCCCGAGAGCAGGACAGCGACUCCGAGGAGCUGACAGAAGAAGCAAAAGAAGGCGCCUUCUCUAAUUUCCCUCUCUCACAAAACACUAUCAACCUUCUCACAGCCCGAGGUAUAAAAUACCUGUUCCCUGUGCAAGUGAAGACUUUCCAGCCCAUCUAUGAUGGCAAAGAUGUGAUUGCUCAGGCUCGGACAGGAACUGGGAAAACCCUUUCCUUUGCCCUUCCUCUGAUUGAGAAACUCCAGAGUGUCUCACAGGAUGGGAGGAGAGGCCGUGCACCAAAGGUGCUGGUUCUUGUUCCAACCAGGGAACUGGCCAUUCAGGUAGCCAAAGACUUCAAGAAUUUCACAAAGAAGCUGUCAAUUGCUUGUUUUUAUGGAGGGGCUCCAUACAAAGAGCAGCUUGAUGUCCUUAGAAGUGGCAUUGAUAUUCUGGUGGGAACUCCUGGCAGGAUCAAAGACCACGUUCAGAACAGCAAGCUGGAACUCUCCAGUGUGAAGCACGUUGUUUUGGAUGAGGUGGAUCAUAUGUUGGACAUGGGCUUUGCUGAACAAGUGGAAGAGAUCUUGGGAUCAUCCUAUAAGAAAGGCUCCGAGAGCAACCCGCAGACGCUGCUGUUCUCUGCCACCUGCCCACGCUGGGUUUAUGAUGUAGCAAAAAAGUACAUGAGAGCUGAGUAUGAGCAGAUCGACCUGGUUGGGAAGAAGACUCAAAGGACAGCCACAACUGUGGAACACUUGGCCAUACAGUGCCGCUCCUCUCAGAGGGCAGGAGUUCUGGGGGACAUCAUCCAGGUCUACAGUGGCACCCAUGGCAGGACCAUUGUCUUCUGUGAGACCAAAAAGGAAGCAAAUGAGCUGGCCAUGAAUGCUUCUCUCAAACAGGAUGCCCAGUCCCUGCAUGGUGACAUUCCACAGAAACAGAGAGAAAUCACAUUAAAAGGCUUCAGGAACGGUGUGUUUGAAGUGCUGAUUGCAACAAAUGUAGCUGCCCGUGGUUUGGAUAUUCCUGAGGUUGACCUUGUCAUACAGUGCUCACCACCAAAAGAUGUGGAUUCCUACAUCCAUCGCUCCGGGCGCACGGGCCGGGCCGGCCGCACCGGCAUCUGCAUUUGCUUGUUUCAGAGGAGAGAAGAAGAUCUGCUGAAGCAGGUGGAGCACAAAGCGGGUAUUACCUUCAAGCGUGUAGGAGUUCCCUCUGCUACAGAUGUCAUUAAAGCUUCAAGUAGUGAUGCCAAAAAGUUGCUGGAGGCCGUUCCUCCCUCUGCAGUGGACUACUUCAGAAAAUCAGCUGAAGAGCUGAUAGAUGAGAAGGGGGCAGUGGCUGCCCUGGCUGCAGCCCUGGCACACAUUUCUGGGGCAGCUCACAUCCAGCAGCGCUCCCUGCUCAACUCCACAGCUGGCUUUGUGACCAUGGUGCUGAAGUGCUCCAUAGAGAUGCACAGCAUGGGCUAUGCCUGGCGGGGGCUGAAGGAGCAGCUGGGCGAGGAGGUUGAUAACAAAGUGUCUGCCAUGCGUUUCCUCAAGGGGAAGAUGGGCGUGUGCUUUGAUAUCCCUGUUGAUGAGCUGAGUAACAUACAGGAGCAGUGGAGGGACACGCGGCGCUGGCAGCUCUCGGUGGCCAGCGAGCUGCCCGAGCUGGAGGAAUAUCCCCAGGAGGCAGCACGAGGCUUCUCCAGGUUCGGGAACAACAGGCAAGGAGACUUCAAGAGAAACAGCUGGUUCAAGAGUGGAAAUCGGGGACUUUAACAGAGCACUCGCUACAGAUAACGGGACUGAGCUGAAUUUUAUGAGGCAGUAAAAGCCUGUUAGACACUCCUCUUUGUCUUUAUUCCUUGAUAAAGCAGCCUGGCUUUGAGGAUGGCGAAAAAAUCACGUUUGCUGAAGUGACUGGGUGUUUUGGGAGAUUGUUUUUUUGCCCAGCAAGGUAGCUGCUGCCUGUGAGGGCAUCUGCGACCCAGCAGUGGGUGUGACUGGAAACUCAGCCCUGCGAGGGAACAGAAUUCAUCCAAACACGGACAGUGACGGUGAGGCAAGGGAAACUCCUUGCUUCUUCAGCAAAAAAAUCGGGUUCUGAAAUAAAUAUUUUCAGAAAAAUUGUC